AUGGCGGCGGCGGCGGCAGGCGUGGCGGGGGCGGGGCGCGGCGGCGCGGAGCCCCGACAGGAGCGGAACCGGGCCCGGGCUUGGGCCGGUGCCGAACGCAGCGAAGGCCGGAGGAUGGAGCCCAGCGAGGAGCCGGAGGAGGAAGACUCCCCUGGAGGCCGGGAGGAUGGCUUCACCGCCGAGCAUUUGGCUGCAGAGGCCAUGGCGGCCGACAUGGACCCCUGGCUCGUGUUUGAUGCCCGCAGCACACCCGCCACCGAGCUGGACGCCUGGCUGGCCAAAUACCCACCUUCCCAAGUCACCCGCUACGGGGACCCUGGCUCCCCAAACUCUGAGCCUGUGGGUUGGAUCGCAGCCUACGGGCAGGGCUACAACCCCAACUCGGGCGACGUUCAGGGUUUGCAGGCUGCCUGGGAGGCUCUGCAGACAAGUGGGCGGCCCAUCACACCUGGCACCCUGCGCCAGCUUGCCAUCACCCACCAGGUGCUCUCCGGCAAGUGGUUGAUGCACCUGACACCUGGCUUCAAGCUGGACCACGCCUGGGCUGGCAUUGCUCGAGCUGUGGUCGAAGGCCGGCUUCAGGUGGCCAAGGUGAGCCCACGGGCCAAGGAGGGUGGGCGCCAGGUCAUCUGUGUUUACACGGACGACUUCACGGACCGCUUAGGCGUACUGGAGGCGGACUCGGCCAUCCGGGCCGCGGGCAUCAAGUGCCUGCUCACGUACAAACCUGACGUCUACACCUACCUGGGUAUCUACCGAGCCAACCGCUGGCACCUCUGUCCCACUCUCUACGAGAGCCGCUUCCAGCUGGGAGGUGACGCCCGCGGCUCCCGUGUGCUUGACCGUGCCAACAACGUGGAACUGACCUAG